AGCACUUGUAUUUUUUGCGGUAGUUCGGAGGACGAGCUGGACGUGCUGCUGAGCGGCACCCCGGAGCAGAAGAAGAAGCUGAUCCGAGAGUACCUGACGGGCGAGAGCGAGUCGUCCAGCGACGAUGACUUUGAGAAGGAGAUGGAGGCCGAGCUCAGCUCCACCCUCAGGACCAUGGAGAACACCUGGGCGCCCGCUCGCACAGCGGAAGGUUCCGGAAGCGGAGUUGACAGCUCAACGCGUUCCGAGCCUCAGACGUACGACAAGAUCUACUUUGACUCCGACGAAGACGAAGACGACAAGCCCAGUAAGAGCAGCAAGCCAUACAACCAAA